AUGGACGUCGGCAAGGGCCUCCCAGCCAUCGAGAGCCAUAGGGAACUCCACAUAUGGAUCAUUGAGAACCUGAAGAUGGUGCCAGUACCAGAGAAGGCUUAUGGGAACUUUUUCGAGGAACACUGCUAUAUCAUCCUUCAUGUCCCCCAGAGCCCGAAGCCAAUGCAGGGGGCGUCCAGCGACCUGCACUACUGGGUCGGGAAGGAGGCGGGCGCGGAAGCGCAGGGCGCUGCGGGCGCCUUCGUGCAGCUCCUGCAGGAGGCGCUAGGAAGCCAGACCGUGCAGCACCGCGAGGCGCAGGGCCACGAGUCCGACUGUUUCCUCAGCUACUUUCGCCCGGGAAUCAUCUACAGAAAGGGAGGGCUGGCCUCAGACCUCAAGCACGUGGAAACCAACGUGUUUAACAUCCAGCGACUGCUGCACAUCAAAGGGAGGAAGCACGUGUCUGCCACCGAGGUGGAGCUCUCCUGGAACAGCUUUAAUAAGGGUGACGUCUUCCUGUUGGACCUAGGCAGGAUGAUGAUCCAGUGGAAUGGGCCCAAGACCAGCAUUUCUGAGAAGUCUCGGGGGCUCACCCUGACCUGCAGCCUUCAGGAAAGGGAACGUGGUGGUCGUGCACAGAUUGGUGUGGUGGAUGAUGAGGCCGAAGCCACUGAUCUCAUGCAGAUCAUGGAGGCUGUGCUGGGCUGCAGAGCAGGUAGCGUGCGUGCCGCCAUGCCCAACAAGAGUAUUAACCAGCUGCAGAAGGCCAACGUCCGCCUCUACCAUGUCUAUGAGAAGGGUGAGGACCUGGUGGUCCAGGAGUUGGCGACCCACCCACUGACCCAGGACCUACUGCAGGAGGAGGACUGCUGCAUCCUGGACCAGGGUGGCUUCAAGAUCUAUGUGUGGCAGGGACGCAUGUCCAGCCCCCAGGACAAAAAGGCUGCCUUCACCCGGGCUGGGGGCUUCAUCCGGGCCAAGGGCUACCCGACCUACACCAACGUGGAAGUGGUGAACGACGGCGCCGAGUCGGCCGCCUUCCAGCAGCUCUUCCGGACGUGGUCUACGAAGCCGGGCAGGAACAAGAACCCGGGCAGGCUGAAUAAAUUGAUUCCGGCAAAGCUGGACGUGGGCUUGCUGCACAGCCAGCCUGAGCUAGCGGCCCAGCUCAGGAUGGUGGACGACGGCUCUGGGAAGGUGGAGGUGUGGUGCAUCCAGGACUUACGCAGGCAGCCUGUGGACCCCAAGCAUCAUGGACAGUUGUGUACAGGCAACUGCUACCUUGUCCUCUACACAUACCAGAAGCUGGGCCGUGUCCAGUACAUCCUGUACCUAUGGCAGGGCCACCAGGCCCCCGCAGAUGAGAUCAAGGCCCUGAACUGCAAUGCCGAGGAGCUGGACGCCAUGCACUGCGGAGCCCUGGUGCAGGAGCAUGUGACCAUGGGCAGCGAGCCCCCCCACUUCCUCGCCAUCUUCCAGGGACAGCUGGUGGUCUUCCAGGGGAGCACCGGGCACAAGGGAGAGGGGCAGCCAGCAUCUGCUGCGAGGCUCUUCCACGUGCAGGGAACUGACAGCCACAACACCAGGACCAUGGAGGUGGCAGCCCGUGCCUCAUCCCUCAACUCCAGUGACAUCUUCUUGCUGGUCACAGCCAGCAUCUGCUACCUCUGGUUUGGGAAGGGCUGUAACGGUGACCAGCGUGAGAUGGCGCGGGUGGUGGUGCCUGCCAUCUCUGGGAAGAGCGUGGAGACGGUGCUGGAGGGUCAGGAGCCUAACCACUUCUGGGUGGCCCUGGGAGGCCGGGCCCCCUACCCCAACAGCAAGAGGCUCCCCGAGGAGGGCUGCAGCCGCCAGCCACGACUGUUUGAGUGCUGCAGCCAGAUGGGCUGCCUGGUCCUCACAGAAGUGGUGUUCUUUAGCCAAGAGGACCUGGGCAAGUAUGAUGUCAUGUUACUGGACACCUGGCAGGAGAUCUUCCUGUGGCUUGGGGAAGCUGCCAGUGAGUGGAAGAAGGCGGCGGUGGCCUGGGGCCGGGAGUACCUGGAGACCCAUCCAGCAGGGAGGAGCCCGGCCACACCCCUCGUGCUGAUCAAGCAGGGCCACGAGCCUCCCACCUUCACUGGGUGGUUCUUCGCUUGGGACCCCUACAAGUGGACCAACCACCAGUCCCAUGAGCAGGUGGAGAACAGCCUGGGAGCCGCAGCUGCCGUCUCUGAGAUAACAGCAGAAGUCAACAACCUCCAGCUGUCCAGAUGGCCAGGCGAAGGCAGGGCAGGUCCCUUGACCCGGCAGGCCCUCAAGGGCUCCCAGGACAGCUCAGAGAGUGAGCUGGCACCAGGCCGCAAGGCAGCUGGCAGUCCCACCAGCACCAGCCCCGCGAGCAGUGGGGGCCUUCCCCGGGAACUGCUGCGGCACCAGGCUGCUGAGGACCUGCCAGAGGGCGUGGACCCCGCACGCAAGGAGUUCUAUCUCUCAGACUCUGACUUCCAAGAUAUCUUUGGGAAGUCCAAGGAGGAAUUCUACAGCAUGGCCAAGUGGAAGCAGCAGCAGGAGAAAAAGCGGCUGGGUUUCUUCUGA